GGCCCUCUCGGGUUGCCGUGCAAUAAGCCCGUACGUGGCAGUCUGAGAGCAGUCCAGAGCAGCCGAGGCUGGUGCGGCUCCUCUCCUGCAACAGUCCACUUACACAAACGGGAUAUACUGAAGCGAGGAAACUUUUUAUACCGUCAGACUUACUUUUACGCUCACCAUACAACCACUAAAACAUGUUUACCUUGUCGGAGUUUGUUGUCUUGCUGGCCGUCCUGUCUGCCACUGCCUCUGGCUACUUCGUUAGCAUAGACGCCCAUGCCGAGGAGUGCUUCUACGAGCGGGUUAACUCCGGCACCAAGAUGGGCCUCAUGUUUGAGGUGGCCGAAGGAGGCUUCCUGGACAUCGACGUCGAGAUAACAGGGCCUGACGGUAAGCAGAUUUACAAAGGGGACAGAGAGUCCAGUGGGAAAUACUCUGUGGCAGCACACAUGGAUGGAACCUACAAGUUCUGCUUCAGCAACAAGAUGUCAACCAUGACCCCCAAGAUUGUCAUGUUCACCAUUGAUAUCGGAGAGGCUCCCAAAGGCCAAGAUAUGGAGACAGAAGCCCACCAAAACAAGCUGGAGGAGAUGAUCAACGAGCUGGCAGUUGCCAUGACAGCCGUGAAGCAUGAGCAGGAGUACAUGGAGGUCCGUGAGAGGAUACACAGAGCAAUCAAUGACAACACAAACAGCAGAGUGGUCCUGUGGUCAUUCUUUGAAGCUCUGGUUCUGGUGGCAAUGACACUCGGACAGAUUUACUACCUGAAGCGAUUUUUCGAAGUGCGACGAGUGGUGUAGUGCGAUUCAAAUGAUGCUCCUCUGUGUCCUCCACUGUUUUUUUUUUCUCCAACACCGAGACAGUUAUUUACACUCUGGAAAUGAAAGUGGCAGUUUUGAGUAAAGCCUACAUAUGAUUGGAUCUCAGAUGUUUUGUUCUCCUGUUACUUGUUUGGGUUCUUCUUUAUAAAUGUAAUUUAUGUUUGGAACGAAUGGCCAAAAGAUUGUGGGAUAAAUUUCCUUUUUCAUUAGUUUUUCUUUUUAACAGAUUUGUUUAAUUACACUUCUUGUCAGUACAGUUGUUUCCUGUGCAAAUGACUGUAAGGCUCAGUGUCUGCAGUCAAAUGAAAAAGACUUAAAAUUGCACAUGAAUGGACAGGCAUGUGUGGCGUUAUCACUAUGGAAUGUUGCCUUUAUUAAAAUUUAAAUGGAAACCUUUUUUGAAAUGGGAAAAAAAACAGCACACCCUAAAACAUGAAUGCGUUAAAUUAGCAUCUGAGAUGUAAAGGGUCUGAUUUCAGGUUUCAAAGCCGCGUGAGACUGGCAGAUACUGCCUGUCGUGUUAAUUCUCAAAAACCACAAAUUGCACUUGUGAUGAACUUGUCUAGCGAACUGAAGGAUCUACAUUGCAGCUGGUCUUUAAGGGAAACUGUAGAUCUUCUAACACUGUCUGCUGAUUCAUAGUGAUUUGUGGCACAGGUGGGAGGACAUCUUUUCCGGGGGGGGGGGGGGGUAUGGCUCACUCCCCACAUAGUUCAGAAACAAAAUUCAGCCGUUUUUGCCUAAAAAUUAAUGCGUUGAUUUUCAAACACUUGGAUUUUACAAAAGUUUGUCCUGGUUGUAAGACUGUAAGGAGCAGAAGCAGAGUUUGAUUUUAACUGAACUAUUUGGGGAUGCCCCUCAAAGUGUAGAGGAAUGCUGAUUUCCAUGUUACAUGUUGAUUUGGGUGGGCUGGGUAUGUAGGGGGUCUGAUGCUUGAUGACUGCUGUGUUCUUUAGUUGCUUAUAUAUAGUUAUUUUUGUUGGGGUUGGGUAUUUUAAAUUAUACGAUUGUAUCAAAUUUGAAUUGUUAAUUUUUUUUGUUCCCCGUCGAGCAUAUCUAGUGACAUGCAACUGUUUGGAUGUUUCUUCCAAGUAUAUACGUCCAAGGCAGUAUAGCUUUCCAUCUAGCACACGGUCGCAACACCAUAAACGGUGGCAUGCACCAGAUAUGCUCCAGUUUUAUAUUUGAAACAAUCUUUGGUGAGCUCAGGCAGGAAAGUUGCUCUGUACACAGUUUCUCCUUUUUGUGACAACAAAAUCUGCUAAAUGAAUCUGUACAAAUGUAGAACUGUGGUCUGUGAAAAAUGCCCCAGGUUUCAUAAUAAAGCCAAUAUUCUGUACAAUUA